AUAUCUAUGAUCCAGUCCCCCAUACAACUUACUUUUCCCUUCAUUUCAGCAUAUUUGGGAAUGGCUGAGUGAAUUUACGCCAGAACACCUUUAAAUUAGUAUUGCCCUGGAAUGCAAAGCGUUUAGACGAAUUGCUUUCAUGUAAUACAAACACGCAGUGCCAUCCACCAGCUGAAUAUUGUAUGGUCUGCAAUGACUUAUUUAUUGACCUCGACAUUGAUUCUCAAAUGCAGGUUGUGUUUAUAUCAGAAUAUUAGGUCAAAAAGAAUGAUCACACUAAAAGACCAACAGAAAAGAUACAUUUGUUUGGCUCAAAAGAAAAUAGGCCGAACAACGAGACUCACGGGAUUACAAACCGUAGGCCUACUGUCUGGGACCUUCUGCCCCAGGUGGAUUGGGGUCUGUAGGGUGUACUCCCGAGGUGGUGGUGCAAGCUCCAAACAGCAGACCCUUGAGGACAUUGCCAAGUGCAUCAAAGGGAGAGAAUACAAAAGGAUUGUGGUGAUGGCUGGAGCAGGGAUCAGCACUCCUAGUGGCAUUCCAGACUUUAGAUCCCCAGGCAGUGGUCUCUAUGACAAUCUCCAACAGUACGACCUGCCUUAUGCCGAAGCCAUAUUUGAAAUAAAUUUUUUCCACCACAAACCUGAACCUUUCUUUGCCCUAGCUAAAGAGCUGUACCCAGGGAAUUACCAGCCAAAUUUGACUCAUUACUUUGUACGUCUUCUUCAUGAUAAGGGCCAGCUUCUCAGGAUGUACACCCAAAAUAUAGAUGGUUUGGAGCGAUUGGCAGGCAUUCCUCCUGAGAUGCUGGUGGAGGCACAUGGCACGUUUGCCUCCGCUACUUGCACUGUUUGUCGCAGUGUGUAUAAGGGAGAAGACCUGCGUCCCGACAUAAUGGAAGGUAAUAUUCCUCAGUGCCCAACCUGUAAAGGAACGGUGAAGCCUGACAUAGUCUUCUUUGGAGAAGAACUACCCCAGAACUUUUUCAAGUACCUCAAAGACUUCCCACUGGCAGAUCUCCUUAUCAUCAUAGGAACUUCACUGGAGGUGGAGCCCUUUGCCAGUCUGGCGGGUGCCGUACGUAGGUCUGUUCCUCGUCUUCUUAUCAACAGGGACCUGGUGGGGCCUUUUGCCUGGGGGACCUCUUGGCCCAAUGACGUGGCCCAUCUCAGUGAUGUGGUCAGUGGGGUACGUGCCCUUUCAGAUGCCCUGGGAUGGACACUGGAGCUGGAAACUCUCAUCACUGCAGAGACUGAAAAGGCUACAAAGAGCAGGGAGGAAUGACAGGGGAUUCAUUAAUCUCCCAUCCAAAACUUUUUAAUUAUUCUUUGAUCAACAGAAAAGAAUCUGGGUCUUUGAAACACUCAUGGAACAUUGUCACAUUGAUUGCCUAGAUUUAGGAGGUCUUUGUUAAGCAUCUGUGUUGCUGUUCCAUGCUACCAAGGAACUCAGAUUAGUUUAAAGCCAUAUUUAUAAAUGCAAAUAAGUUAAAUGCUUUUAUUUCAUAAUAAUUGUAUCUGUGUUGUAUCACUUCUCUUUUAUCAAUGUGCUGCCACUGACCCAUGAAGUGACAUGGAAAGGUAAAAGGUACUAUUUAUUAGUCCUCAGUGAAAUGUGUAAAUAAGAUUGUCAUUUCCUUCUGUCCGGUGUCAGACAAUAAAAUAUGGAAACUGUU